UAUCUAAACAUUAAUACAUUUAAAUUUGUAAUGAAUAAUGGUGAACUUCAAGAUGCGCGGUUGUCAUUGGUCGAUUUCUGUGCAAACUGUUAAUACUUUUUUAAAAACGGUAUCCCAACUGAUAUAAAUCAUUGCUAACUUUGAAUUCAAUAAACGGUCGCGUUGAUUGCUUGGACUGAAAGGUUGAAAGGAUGCCCCCAAAAGACGCUGCGAGCAAAAAAGUUGGUAAACAGAGCAGUCCAGCAAUAAAACCCCUGGUAGAUGCGAAAGGAAAGAAAAAGAGAGGAAAACGCAAGGAAAGCUAUGCUGUCUACAUCUACAAAGUAUUGAAACAAGUUCAUCCAGAUACAGGCGUGUCAAGCAAAGCUAUGAACAUCAUGAAUUCAUUCGUUAAUGACAUCUUUGAACGAAUUGCAUCAGAAGCCACGCGUCUUGCUAACUAUAACAGGAAAUCUACUAUAUCUUCUCGCGAAAUUCAAACGGCAGUAAGACUUCUUCUGCCGGGGGAGUUGGCCAAACAUGCCGUUAGUGAAGGCACAAAGGCCGUAACGAAGUACACAAGCAGUAGAUAAUAUGGUUUACAUCAGGAAAAAGAAUUGUUGAACCCUUGUUUUGAGACAAAUGGCUUUCAGUAGUUGUAAUAAUAUAAAGACGUUGUCGACGUAUAAAGCUGAUGUAAUAAAAUUUGUGUGUUUGUUAAA